AUGUAUAGACAUAUGUAUUCAAUUUUAAAUGUAUAUUGUUAUGAACCUAAUUGUCGACAUACCUGUGGAUUAUUUCAUGUUGUAAAUAAAAGUCCUGAACCACCAUUUAUUUCAUCUAUGGUAAAUGUCAAUGAUUUAAAUAAUAUGACAUCUAAACAUAAACAUAUGUUUAAUCAUAAUUUGGAAAAUGAUCCUGAUUAUAGAGAUAAACUAGGUUCACUUGAUAUUCCUUCUGUUGAUAGUGAAAAUGAUCAAUCUAAAUUAAUUUCUCAAAAUAGUGUUAUAAUUAAUAAUAAAAAAGAAUCUGUUACAUCAUCAACACGUGUUGAAUGGUUAGCUAAUCAAGAGUUUUUAAAUGAACUUUUAAGUGAGGAUGAAUCAUUAGAUUUUUCAAAAUAUCCAAGAUCAUCAUUUUUUAUUGAUAAUGAUGAUUCAGAUGAAGAGUUGCAAGAAUUAUUAAGACGUGUAAAAAAUACCACUCCAACAAUAGGAAGCAGUAAAAAAUAUAAUUUUUCUAAUUCGUAUGAAAAUAACUCUCUAUUUGAAGAUGAUAUAAUAGAUGAUGAAUUAGAGAGAAAUUCACUUUUCUCUCAAGGAAUAUAUGAUGGAAGAAGGCAAGAUGGUUUGUUACAAAAUUAUGAAAAUAAUUUAUAA